GAUAUCGCAGAGUAGCCAGAUUUUAUAGUCUGUGUUGCGGUUUAGUCAGUAUUGGUGGUUCUUUGUUGACUGGAAAUGGCGUCUAUUCAUUUGUCACGGAUGUGCUGCGUUAACAGUGAUGCCGGAACAGAGCUUGUCAAGGGGUUUAUGCCCGAGUUAUACAACGCGCUUUGUCUAAGCGGCUCGCUGCUGGGGUUACUCGCUAGUGGCAUUUGGUAUAUCUGCGGUGACAGCCGAGAGUAUAGUAGCAGGGCAGUGAGGAUGGGCGGGAGGAUACGAGUUUGUGGAAUUCUGGCAACCACAGGUGCGCGAAUCUUUAUUUCCUCGCCAGGAAUUCUACUGCGCUCCAUCUUAUGGCUGUCUGCUCCUGAUUUUUCAUCCAAUCAGACUACUUGGUUAUCCCACACAAUUUGUAUUCUAAUAACUGCCUGGAUUCAUUACUUCUGUUCUGUGCAAUUUUGGUCAAUGUUCUGUUAUUCUCUGGAGGUAGCUCAGCUAUUCAGUCCCUCUCCCCCAGAUAGGUUGAGAAGACUUUAUUCAUUCCUUUGUUGGGGUAUACCUGGCCUCUUGUGGCUUCAUGGAGUUUUGACACUUUUGAUUCCCGCCCUUCCUCAGGAUAGUUGCAGUUCUGAUCAGAGCCUGGUCCUUUUCCAUGAUAUUCUUAUAUACAUUCCCUUCUUACUCGCUUUGUUGGUGAGUCCACUAUUACUAAGAAGAGCCGUUUAUGCAGUGUCUUCUGUGCUUAGGAUGCAGUACGGAGUAUACACCUGUAAUGAGCGGUUCAGAAAACAAAGCUUCUGUAGAAGGCUGCUGCGAAUUAGUGGGACCUUCAUAGCCUGCUGGCUGGGCAAUGUGGUUUGUGAUUCCUUGCUCAUUAUUUUUGAAUUGUGGGGCGACUCAGCUCCCCCUCGGCAGUUGCAGUUUGCCGUUCUAACAGCAUGGAUUAUUACGGGAAUCCUAAACCCCAUAUACUGCUGUCUACACUCACUGGCAUUUUAUGGUGGCUGGUGUAAUGCUGGACGCUUUUUAAAUCAGAGCAGCAUACGGUCAAAUGCCCCUUCUGAGAUUACUCCAGAAAGUAGCCAGCAGGGAUUAUUAGAAGAAGAACAUCAGUUGCUGGGGAUGGAGCAACCACAGGUCACUGGAAAGCUGUCUUCACCAAACAUACUGCAGGUGAUGGAUUCGUGGAACUCUAUUGGGUUUAGUUGUUCUGCUGUGGAAAUAAAUGCAGUACGUCUCCUGGGAUCAUGUGAAUCCGGCUGUACCACCCGUGUAAUUGCUUAGCUCCUCCCUAAUCCUGUGAAUGGUGUAUUUACCAGCCAAUAAAACUGAAAUAUGCAGUUUGUUA